AUGCCUGAAGCAAUGCCUGAAUUCGACAUUAGUUGCGAAGGGAACCUGAUGUUCAACGGAUCCCGCGACUUUUGGGCUUGUGCAGUGGACGACUACGGCAUCCAAAACUUAUACACUGAACCGGUGCCUAACCAGCUCAAGUGCAUCUACGUAACCGUAAUGGCAAGGAUCGAGGAUGGCGAUGUUCCGACAUAUACUGGCUGCAAGAAGAGCCCUCUCGAACCAUACUGGAUCUGGCCGUGGGACAAGUUUUACAACAACUCCCUUCCUGCUCAGCCCAGCACCCCCGAGGGCAUAUCUCAAAUGGCCAGUUAUCUCAAGGACAAUCAGCACGCUGCUUCCAAUGCAACCACGGAGAGACCCAAGGGGAAGCUCGGUGUUCAGUCUUCAGACGGACGCUGCGGCGCACCGACUGGAUUCCACUGCUUCGGAAAAACCGACGGGCCAUGCUGCAGCCCUCACGGGUGGUGCGGUUUCUCUCCUCUUCAUUGCGGCGCUGGAUGUCAAGGCGAUUUUGGCAUCUGCGACGGCUCAUCUUCUGGAAAGGCACCAAAUGGCACAUCGACUUCUAGCAAGGUAGCCAGCACAGCUUCUCCCAUCGGCAACGCUCUCAAUGGCACUUCUAGCAAGGCACUCAGCAAGACUUCCUCUCCUGGAAAAGCGCCCAGCAGCACUUCUAGCAAGGCAUCCAGCAAGACUUCCUCUGCCGGCAAAGCGCCAAGCAGCAGCGUUUUGGCUUCUCUUAAGGCAUCUGCGACAUCUGCACUUAAGCAAGGCGCGCUUUCUCCUGACGGACAGUGUGGUGGUCAUGGUGGUUACGAUUGCAAUGGUUUUGAAUUCAACAACGGCACGUAUCCUUCUCCGCUGGAUUGCAGCGAUCCUGCCAAUGCGCAGAAGUGUGGGGACAAGUUUGUUGCCUACGGCUGCCCGCACGAUUUGGAGGGUACCUUCGAGUCGCCUCAACUCAUGGUUACGGUGGAUAAAGCGCAUCCCGACAAAGCGCUUGACAACAGGUUCGAUGGCACUAUUGGCGAUGAGUACUGUACCUUGUACAACUUCGAUGUCCGCGCCAGCAAUGCAGGCAAGAAGUGCUCGUUGGUCUGGCUCUUCCCUGAGACAGAAGAGGAGGACCUGGAGCCGCCGGUCUUCGAUGCCCACGGUGGAUCGAAUUCACCCGUACUGAUGGAGUUCUGGCAUGUUGGUCAACCUGCAAGCCAUGGCUUGACUUGGUAA